AUGGCAAGCGAGAAGUCGGACACGCUUGUUAACAAGCAAGAAGCCCAGAUCAAGUCGGCAGACAUGAGUGAAGAGAUGCAACAGGAGGCGAUCGAAGUUGCCCAAUCAGCCAUGGAGCAGUUCACCAUCGAGAAGGACAUCGCGCAGUACAUCAAGAAGGAGUUCGACAGCCGCAAGGGCGCAACCUGGCAUUGCAUCGUCGGCCGGAACUUUGGCAGCUUCGUCACUCACGAGACCAAGCACUUCAUAUAUUUCUACCUCGGACACUGCGCCAUCCUGCUCUUCAAGACCCAGUAA